AUGGUUCCUUCAUGGAUUCUUCUUUUCGGUCUUUCCCUCAUCGCCCCCACGCUCGCAGAUGAAUGCCAGCCCGAAACAUGGCGAAUGGCAGCACUUUCCAGCUCAGGCAGUAUAAACUGUCGCAUGAGCGAAGUCAGUGGUGCCAAAGUCGAUCCCAAGACUUGUGCCACCUUGGCCAAGAAAUGGGAUAUUUCUGUUGAGAAGUUUUACGAGUUGAAUCCCCGCCUUGAGGAUUCUUGCGAGAAUGUCCGUCCCAAGAUUCGAUACUGCGUUGAUGGAUUUGUUGAGCCUCUUCGUGCUUAUGAUGGCAUGUGCGGACCUCAGAAUAAGAACGCUACUUGUGUCGGAACGGAUAAGCAGUGCUGCAAUAAGAAGACUUGGACUUGUGGUGACAGCGAGGAGGACUGUACUGUGAACUGCUACGAGGGAAACUGUUACUAA